UAGUCAAGUACAUUGGUAUUAAAAGCUGAAUGAAUACUAUUGUCUCGCAGUCUUUAAAUAUUUAGUGUUUACUGUUUAUUUACAAUAACAAUUAAAGUUUAUCUUUUUAUUAAUUGAUAGUUCAAGAUGAAUCAAAUUAUGUGACCGCAUAUGUUUUCUUAGUUUCUGAUAAUGUUCGGUGCGGUAUCUUUUAAAAUAUAUUUAAACAUCAGCAAAUAGCUGACACAUAGUUAUUUCUAUGUAAGGAUGAAAAACAGCCAAACGCAAUGCAAUACUGGGAAGUUUAAGUCGUCAGGACGAUGAUGGAAGUAGACGUUUAGAUAUAAAAGUAUGUGAUUUCUUGAAAUACUUAUGAUCUAUGUUUGGACUUUCGGAAAACCGAUCGAUAUAUUAUGGGAUCCAUGAAUAAUAAGGAUACGCACAAAUUAAAGUGAUAGCGUGUGCUCUAGCGAGAUGGCCGCCAGCACCAACGUUUUCACCAACAAUGAGACCAAUAACUGGUUCAAGGCAUGCUUAGCACUCAAUAUAACGAAGGAAGGGCUAGCUAACUUUCUGGUGUCAGAAUUACAGAAAGUUCACGUAACCGUUGGUAGUAGUUGUGGUAACUGCUGCAUUGAAACACUCAUCCCGUGUCCAACGCAACCGUAUUGUAGCAAGCUGAAAAAGUCUUAUUGCCCUUUCCACAAAUCACAGAAACCGCAGCAAUGCUUUACGUGUGAUAAAGUAAAAAAGAAUAUAACAUCAAAUCACAGAUACAAUAACCCGUCCUGGCGGAACACAGAUGCGAAAAAAUGGGCAAGCGAUUAUUGGGAAAUAGGCAAAUGUUUCCUCCCUCCAGACGGAUAUAGCAGCGUUUUAUCGGUCCAAGAAUCGGACUUCAAUGGCGUGAUAAGCAUCCUGUUGAACUGCACACAUUUCCAGAACUGUCUCUCCCCUUCAUGUCUAUCUCCUCCACCACCGAAUAAGCAAUGUCCGCUCGAAAUGGUCCGUCAGAUAGGCCGAGAUGUGCGUCACACUUCCGACUGCAAGGUUACAGACGCUGAUCUCCAGGGAUAUUUCCAGAGACUGUCCACGCUACUGGCUGAUCCAAAGUGCUUACUACAUGACCAUUCAGCCACGAUAGCGCUUACUAGACUUAAUGAUUUGCAGAAUGAUCGGCUGUCCCAAACAGACCUGGGCGAGCUGUUAAAAGAGGCCUAUCAAACACUUAAACAUGCGAACAAAACAGGCGAACGUGUAGCUAAGGAGGCAGAAAGAACCCUAACAGAAGCUUUGCAAAAAUUUGAAAGCAAGACUCUUGAUGUUGAAAAACGAAUUGAAACGAAGGGACACGAUGUGGAACAAUGCCUUGAAAGAAAACUAAAGGACGGGAUACAACACAUCACUCGCCAUGUUCAGGAUGGUAUUGUGAGCUUGCAGCAGGCAGCGAACAAAACUGAAGCAGAAGACUAUGAACGAGGCGUAGCAGAUCUUCGACAACGUUUGAUGAGACAUUACGAUGACAAGACUUGCAAUGUACCUCUUUCAAUGCUAGAUGACAGUCUUGAUAAGCGAAUAACAGACGUAUAUGCAACGCCUAAAUUACACCAAAUCAAAAUAGAAAAAGAUGGGAAACGCGUGAAACAUGUACAAGUACUGACCUACAAAGAACUAUUUUACACUGACGAUAAAUCAAAUCAACGUAUAUACAUACAGGGCGAACCCGGUAGAGGGAAAUCUACAUUUGCAGUAAAGUUAGUUCAUGAUUGGUGCAAACAAAAUCAGACUGCAUCGGCAGCUCCAAUAGAAAAUGCAGCGUUUGGAGAUUUGUUAACCAUUCACAAAUUCAAGUUGUUAUUUUUCAUCACGUUGAGAAAUUCUAGGGAAAAGACAGACGUGGCGGAGAUGAUAAAGGAGCAGCUAAUUAAUGAAAUGUUUUUAGAAGCCAAACGCGCCGAUGUGUACACACUUUUGGAUAAAAUAAUAGAAACUGAAAUUUGCCUUGUAGUACGAGAAGGUCUAGAUGAAUGGGUGUCUCCUGGUAGUAAAGACCUACCUGAACCUUCCAUGGCUGGAUUUCCAAAGGAAACGUGCACGGUACUUACAACAUCUCGACCAUGGAAGCUUGUUGAUGAACGUAUCAAAAACUCACAAAUCGACAGUCUGAUAGAGAUCGAGGGGAUAAGCGAUGCAUAUUUAUUUAGUGAAACUAUACUUCGAUGCAUAAUUGAUCAGAGGAAAAAUCUAGAAGAAACAGUGAACAAAUUUAACGAUUUCGCAGAACGUCGUAAGCUCAAAUCGUUAUCAUCUUCACCAAUGUUGUACGUGUUGGUCAUAUAUAUCUGGGAACACACAAUUGAUGAACGGGAACAUUUGAAAUCAUGGUCAUUGUGUUCUCUGUACACUGCUAUGCUUGAAAGUCUGUGUAAAAAGGCUCACAGUGCCCCUGGAUAUUUUAACCGCCCACCAGUGCAAUGUUUUUCCAAUCCAAGUUACCUACAGCCAAACAUUGAACACUUAGAUAACGUAGCUGAAGUAGCGUGUCAAUUGCUCUUCUCUUCUGAAAGAGAAUCUUCGAUUGUUUUCGAUGACAACACAUUGUCAAACCAUCCUAAAACGUUUGCAGAUUGCAAGAUGUUCGCUCUUAGGGCAGGAAUAUUUACAAACAGGAAAAAUAAAUGUUGGAAAGGGAGCUCGAUUUCGUUCAUACACAAAACUGUGCAGGAAUUUCUCGCAGCAUAUCAUAUCGCCUGUAAUCCAAAUGUCAUUGAUGACAUCAUUUCCAGAUAUCUUAACUGCUACAAUAAUUCAUAUCUGGAAAUAUCGCAAGUUUUCAUAUUUUUGUGUGGAAUGAACAUUUCUGCUGCGAAUAAACUGUCGGCUUUGAUGAAUCAAUGCGACAUUGAUCAUUGUAACUAUGAUCCUUGUUAUUCUAAGGAGUUUCGUCCCUGUGCUUUUCAAAAAAUCAUUGAGUCUGGAAUCAGUGAGGCAUUAGCCAACAAACAGGAUGGCAUUUGCCUCGAACUCAGUCACGUUUGCAUAGAAACAGAACAGAUGACUGAACACAACAAGACACAUUUAAAUUUGAUGCUGUCCAAUGUCCAGUCAUUGAGUGUAUGUACCUCUUCCUCCUACUGGAUGCACAAUAAAGUAUUUGCACGCGAUAAGCCAACAUCUCCUGCUGUUGAGGUAAACCUGUCAUCAUGCCACAAGUUGAAACUGUUGAAAUUAAAGGGGGAAAACAUAUGGCUUAGAGAUACAGCCAUUUCGGACACAUCGCAGCAUCCGGUCUCCAUUGUUCUAAACAAUGCAGAACAAGUCCAGUGUGCAGACCCUCGUCCAGUACUGCCCUCACUAGAACGCAUUGAUUUAGAUGAUGUCGCAUGCUCCUCUACCUGGCUACAUAGUCUGUUCAGCACUCUGUUGACAUGCGAUCACGAGGUGGUGUGUGAGCUGAAACGUGUCAUAACUUUGUGUACUGAGUGCGUUUCAUCCAACAUACAGACGGGUAAACGUGCAUUUAACAUGCGCAUGAGUAACAACCCCGGUCUGUGGAAGGCUCUCCAUGGUCUGAAUAUUAAGAGUCUGACUCUGAGUUGUUUCCCAGUGGAGGAAUACAUGGCCAACCGACAGGAACUGGAGGCGCUGAAGAAUGUUGCAGUAAAACGAUUCCGAAUAUUUAAUAGGAUAAAACCCAAAUCGCGGACUGGUGAUGCAGCUUCUAACUGGUCUGUACGUGGAAUAUACAUGGAAGAAUAG